AGACGCACCGUCGUGUACAGUUUAAAUUUAAAUCAUGGUCUUCUACAAAGAUGAAAUGCACGCACCAUCGUGGUUGGAUGGCGCAUUUUUCGAAAAAGUGCUCAAACAAUCGGAAAACGAUCACGAUCUAUCUGUAAGCGAGUGUACGUUUAGUCCUGGAUCGAACGCUGGGGAUCAUAUCAUGAGCGUAAUUGUACGGGCAACUGUCAAAUAUCAAAGCCAAGGAAAGCCAUGUGAAACCUCGUUGAUUAUCAAAACAAUCCCGGACGAGGCUUGUGAAAGGCGGGAUAUUCUGUUGAAACAUGCACCACUCUUCGACAUGGAAACCAUCGUCUACCAGACCGUAGUGCCCGAGAUGGAAAGGGUGCUGCGAACGAUUGGAGCUGAUACGGAAUUCGGACCGAGACUUCUACACUCUUCCAAGGAUCCAUCGUUGGUAAUGGUGUUCGACGACCUAGUCAAACGGGACUAUACCAUAAAACCCGGCCAGUUAAACUUUCAUGAAGCAAAAAUCGCGUACACUAAAUUGGCUCGAUGGCAUGCGGCGUCAAUGUUUCUCGCCGAUACGGUACCAGCCAUCAAAGCACCGAAUAAAGGUAUGUUGGUCAUGACAGAGUUCGCCAAUGCAAAAUGGACGGCCUGUAUCGCUCUGUUAGCCAGAUUGUCUCACAGUUGGCCUGGAUGUGGAGUCUACAGUGAACAUCUGGAAAAAUUCAAAAAAUCAUUCGCCAAGAGGAUCCUGGAUAUCUAUACUCCCAAAGACUCGAACCCGUUCAACGUCUUCAACCACGGUGAUUUUCAUUUCAAAAAUAUGAUGUUCAAUACAUUUGAUGGAAAUACAAACGAUAUGUUAUUGCUCGACUACCAGAUCUGUACCUGGGGCACUCCAGCGAUUGACAUAAUCUACUCACUCUACACAGCGUUCUCUGUUGAUACAAGGGAUAACCAUCGAGACGAGUUGAUUAAAUUCUAUCAUGAUGAGCUCGUAUCAGUACUAACCAAAUUGGAAUAUCUAAAGCAAAUACCAUCAUUGAUCGAUCUGCAUGUGGAACUUUUGAAAUGUGGUCAUUUGGAACCAUUUUGGUCGUUCACACUUCUCCCGCACAUGCUGGUACCUAUGUCAGAGCUUGCUGAUUUACAAAAAGAUAUCCAAGAUGGAGUGGAUUUAUCUGAUAUUGAAAAAUUGAAGAAAAUCAAAACUGCUUUGUUUCAGCACCCCAAGUAUACCCAUAUAAUUAAAAGAUAUCUUCCAAUAUUUGUGCACAAAGGAUUAUUAGAUUAA